CUGAAUUUGUAAAGGAGAAGGUCCAAUCUCCCCUGUACGCGAAAGUUCUUUCCCCCUAACUUAAAAAAAGCUCUUAAUCGAAACUUGGGGGGUUGAUUCUCAUCGCUCUCUAUCUACUCUCAGAUCAAAUACUCCAAUCUGCGGUCUCCAAUUACAUUUCCUUAAACCCUAGAAUUUCACUUUUCAAACCCUAACCCUAAUUUUGACGAAACCCUCUCACAAUUGAUCUGUGUUGAAAAAAACUAGUCGAAGAAGACAAGAAUCUGAAAAAAGAAUGGAGGAUUUUUUGGUGGCGAUUCUUUCUAUGCUUCUCGUUCUGGCUUUGAUUCCGCUCUAUCUGUGGAAGCGUCGUCAGGUUUCUCCAUCUCCCUAUGACAGAGAAGAAGAAGAUGUUCAGGAGGUUCGGCAGAGGGAAACUGUAGUGCGAGCAACUGGUGCUCGUCGGAUGCGGCGGAGACCAGCUUCUGCUGCCAGCUCCUCUUCAGCCCCACUAGAAGAAAUUGUUGAUGAAAGUGAUGACGAAGUUGCUGAAGGAGAGGAAUAUAAUGCUAAAGGAUCAAAGAAAAAGGGAAAGAAACGGCAAGAGCGGGAGGCACAACGACAGGCUGAAGAGGCUGCGCGUGAGUCAAGGGGAACAAAACAAGAUCGUUAUUCAGAAAUGCGAAGGAGGAAAGAUGAGGAGCGUGAAGCAAUAGAACGUCAGCUGGAAGAAGAAGCCAUGGCACGAAAGGCCAAGGAGGAAGAAGCUGCUGCUUUGGAGUUCGAAAAGUGGAAAGGAGAAUUUUCUAUUGAUGCUGAAGGUACAACAGAAAAUGAAGUGCAAGAUGGAAGCCAGGGCUUGCUUUUUGAUUUUGUAGAAUACAUUAAGAAGCAUAAAUGCAUCCCUUUGGAAGAUCUCGCUGCAGAAUUCAAGUUACGAACUCAGGAUUGUAUCAAUCGAAUCACCUCGCUGGAAACUAUGGGCUCGAGGGCGCAACCCUACCCACCAUGCCACUCUUCAACUGAUUUAAAAUUGGAUUCUAAGUCCAAGCAUGGAUAACUUAUCUACUUUAAUUCUUCAUUGCUGUCAUAUGUUAUUUAUCAUCUGUUAAGGAUAAUCGUAGGCUUUUCUGGAUGCCCCUUUGUAUAUAACUAUUCUUUUCUGCUACCGCUGUUGCUGCCCCCAUUUUCAUGUUUUCACUUAUCCUGAUAGUUUGUUGAUGAUUGCCAAAAAAUUUAUUCUGUAAUUAUUCUAUAGAAUCUUGUGUGAAGAACGUGGUGGUAUCAUCCUGCAUACUUCUAGUAUCACUACUAACAUUGUGUUUGGUUGAGGGAUUUGGGAAAAAAUUUGAAAAGAGAAAUAGAAAAGGUAGGUGCAAUGUGAAUAAAAUAUAUUUACAUUUUACCUAGUUUCACAUAUAUUUUUCCUUUUCUUUUCGAAAUCUCUUCUCAAAUAUCCCAACCAAACACAGCGUAAGUGAUAUAUUAAGGAUAGAUCCUCCUUGACUACCUCCUUGUUGUUAGCCAAGUCUCGGCUUGCUUUGCUGCCAAAAUGACAUGUAUGCUGCCUUUAGUUGGAGAAUUUGGGAAGGAAUUUGGAAACGGAAAAGAAAAAUCAGGUGAAAUGUAAAUAAAAUAUGCCUAUAUUUUAUCUAUUUUCACACACCUUUUUUCUUUCCCUUUUCCUUUCCAAUCUCUUCCUAAAUUCCUCAACCAAACACAGCGGCAGUGUAUUUUGUUCUAUUGUGCUUUAAUUUGAAUUAUUUAUUCCAAGGUUGUAUGUAAUGUUUAUUUUGUAUUUUAGUGCCAUUGUUGAAAAUGAAGUAAAAUCAUCCUCCCACUUUAUUUAUUACUUGCAAUACUAAAGGACUACCUGUGAAUCAUAUUUAUAAAGAAACUGCAAUACCCUCAUGGAUAAAUGCAAUUUUGGAUAUGUUGU